AUGGACCCUCGUCCGGACGGCGCCUCUGCCCCAACUACUGGCCCCAACACCUCCCUCUCUGCUGUCCGAGACGCCACUACCACCCCGACGCCGAACAAUCCUCAAACGGCCGUCGCUACCAAUCUUCCUACUUCUUCUACCUCCUCUCCUUCUGUCUAUCCGACUUUUCAGCAUGUCCCUUCCUCCAUGAUGGACAUCGACAACAGUACCGUGGCCGAAGAUCGUUCGCGCCGGGCCACUAGUGUUUUAUCGAUGGACGAUAUCGAGGCUGCUCAGGCUCUGGAGGGUCUCCGUACGGAAUACGGACAAUCUCCCCGAAAUUCCUCGCAGCACUCGUCUAUCUCUUCCGAAUCGCAACCGGAGCCUCUCCUUUCAUUGCUUACUUCUACUCAUCCUCUUAUCUCUUCCGCUAUCAACGGUUCCGUAUCCGCCUACGCCUCCUCUAAAUCGUACUCGUCUCGGUUCAAGUCCGGUGCCGAGUUUAUCGAGCGCAACAUCGGCUCCCCCGUGGCUAACACUGUCGGCACGGUUGGUCGAAAGACGGGAGUCGAAAGCGGUCUUCGGUGGGCUCUUCAGCGGCGUGCGUCGAACUCGUCGAAUCCCAAGCGGUCGAAACGGCGCAAGGUGGGCGGGGAUAAACCGUCGGCGGACAUGGACGUCGAAAAGGGUCUGGAUGACGCUACGAUGUCCGAAUCUCUGCCGCCAUAUGACGACCAGAAAUCACCCAGCUAUGAUGAGAUAGGGCAAGAGGAUUCUUCGCGGCAGAACUCCACCUGGCAGAGUCGGCUGGUUAUCUCGACGUCCGGGUUAGGCGUGGCAAUGAGCGAGGAAUCGCUUCGAAGCCUGCAGUACUGCCUCACCUGGCUACGGUGGGCUAAUGGUCGGCUAGGCAAAGCGAUCGUUGCUCUGCAAGGGGCCCUGAAAGAGUGGGACCAGCAGCAGAACGCGGAGGGAUCGGGCGCUAAUGGCCAAGACACCUCGCUGUUGUCUCAGCGCAUCCAGGCCGUCCGAGAGGAUGUCCUGUCGACGUUGAAGCAGGUGGUCAACGUGGUCUCCAAGUAUGCGGGAGGAGCGUUGCCAGAAAAUGCCAGGAAUCUAGUCCGUCGUCAUCUGACGUCGCUUCCGCACCGCUUCCAGGUUGCAUCGACAUCGCACCCGCCACCCGACUCUCCCGCCUCGGCGUCCGAUGCCACGAUCGGUGCCCAUCGGAUACUGGUGCUGGCGCAAGAGGGCCUGGACAUGAUGGGGCAGGUUAGCGGAGUAGUUAACGACACUCUAGUGAGUGCCGAGCACUGGUGCGAGAGAUUGGGUCGGAAACGGCCCGAUAGCAAGAACCCGGGCGAUGCUCCUCCGACUGAAUCGCGCAGCGAGACGUACCCGGCUGAUAUCAAGGAGCCGAUCCACGAGCCGCCUCAGGACGUUUCCAUGACGGGAACCGAAGAGAAGGUUUAA